GUUAAGCGCGUAAAUAGGAAAGUUUUAAAAUUGCCUUUUUUGUGUUUGUUCUCUGCAUCGAAGGAGGCUUGUCCCGUUUCUCCGUCGUGCGCGGGGGUCACAUGUACACACAUAUGUGUAUGUUUUUUAUUGCCUUCUUGUUUUUUCGCUUUCUUGAUUCCUUGUUUUUCCUUUUUCGCCCCCUUUUUUGAGCAACUUCAAGAUGAGGCCCAACUUCGUUGCGCGAAUUGGGCUUCUGUGCCUGCUGAACAUAUGGCUAAGCACAUUUUCCUCGCCCCUUUUAAAAAAUGGAGGGGGAAGCCGCUUCUACGCCGCUUCCCAGGGGGUAGACAAAAUGCGGAGGAAUUCUCCCCACAGCGCACGUGGUGAUCUCCCCUCAGAAAGGAUCGACCAAAUGAACAACCCCAUUUUAAUCAAAUUGAUCAAGCAAGACAUACCAGGGAAGAAAAUGACAACGUACUAUGGCCAAGUGGCCGUAGGAGAGAAGUCAGAAAAUGUGGUGAAUGUCUUAUUCGACACGGGCUCUACCGAGUUUUGGAUUCCAUUCGAAAAUUGCAAAGGAACCAAUUUUCCCGAUUCUCACAAAAAAUAUAAGCGCACCAAAUCAUUUAGAAAUAAAUUUAACAAGGAGGGUCUCCCAACGUUGUUGGAGGUUAACUAUCUCAGUGGGAAGGUCAUCGGGUUUGACGGCUACGACACGGUAAAGUUGGGCGCAAAUCUCUCCGUUCCGAACACAAACAUUGCCUUUGCUACGAAGAUAGAAAUACCCGUCUUAGAAGAAUUUAAGUGGGAUGGCAUUUUAGGUCUCGGAUUUGAGAACGAGGAUUCGAGGAAGCGCGGGAUGAAGCCCUUCUUGGACCAUUUGAAGGAUGAAAAUAUCUUAACGGAGAGGGGCUACAAGAACCAGUUUGGCUAUUACCUAUCUGAUAGAGGGGGGUUCAUCAGCUUCGGGGGGGUGGACAGCCGGUUGAAGAGAUCAUCCGAGGAGGAAGUUAUGUGGAGCCCCGUUUCGACCGAGAUGGGCUUCUGGACAAUCGACAUCGUGGGAGUGAGAAAGGAAUACGAGCCAAACGUGAACGUCAAAGGAAACCAAAAGGAGGUGGUCGUGAAGUACGAAGGUUUUCACGAUGGAGGGAAGAAGUCCAUUGUGGACACAGGGACGUUCUUUAUAUAUGCCCCGAAGAAAACGAUGGAGAGUUACCUAAGCGGGUUGGAAAUAAAUUCUUGUGAGGAUAAAGACAAGCUCCCUUACAUUGUGUUUCAAAUAAAAUCGAAAGGAAUUGAAGGGAUAAAAGGCUCGGCCGUCAUCGAAUUGGUUCUUUCGCCAAACGACUACGUCAUUGAGUACCUGAAUGAGGAGAACUGGACCAGAGAAUGCGUCGUGGGGAUUCAGGCAGACGAACAGAAGGAGGAAAGUCACAUCGACGGAUGGACACUAGGGCAGAUAUUUAUAAAAUCUUACUACACCAUUUUCGAUAAGGAUAAUUUACAAAUAGGCUUCGUUCGAAGUAGGAAAGAAAAAGGAAACGAAAAAAAGGGCGACCAUUUUAGGGGGUCAUUUCUUAACGUAAGGACAAAGAGGGGCAGCGGUAGUGGCAAUGCCCGUCGGAGGGGGACUUACAACGGACCCCUCUCAGCAUAAAAAGGGGGGUAUGUUCAACAUUGGCGAGGCGACUCCUGCAUCUCAGGUGGGGGGAAAAUCUGCCCAUAAGUAACACUCAUUGUAGCUACAACGGGGUGGUCCUCCACACGAAAUUUUCUUCACCGCCUGUAAAUGGCUACCUGUUAGGCAAAUUUAAAAUUUUGAAAAUGUAUCCAAAUGGGUACUUGCCGCAUGUAGGGCUUCAUCCCGACUUUGUAUUUUUUCAAAAGAGGAGGGCCCUUCUUCACACACCUGUUGCGCUUGUGCAUGCCGGGGGGGUAAGCCACCACGCAAUGGCAAACUGUUUUUUUUUUUUCCCUUGCAAUAGGGGUGAAAAAACUGUUUUGUAGAAAUUGUUU